UGGCAGCCAAACUCGUAGCUCUUAUUACAAGCUUAUCUGUGGUUAUUUUGUUGGUGUCUACAUUAUGUGUAAGUGAAGCCUCAAUGAAGAUAGUAAUCAUCGGGUGGAUUUGCGUUAUAUCCACCACACUUGCCUUCGCGUCACCUCUCGCUAUUCUU